GGAGAGAGAGGGAAGAAAGAGGGAGAAGGCAACGGGAGAAGCCUUAUAAAAAGCGCAAGUCGCCAAGCAGGGCGCAGGAAAGAAAGAGAGCGGGAGAGAAGUCCGAGCGAGCGAGCGAGCGAGCCGAGCCGAGCGGAGCCGCGGGGAGGUGCUCGCAAACUGGCAGGCGCCGCCGGCGCGAGCGCUCGGCCGGGCGAGAGCGGCGGGCGAAAGGGCGCGCGGCGAUGCGGCGCUGGGCUCUCCUGCUCCUGCCUCUCGCGGUCGUGUGCGCGGCAGCGGCAGCGGCGGCAGCGGCAGCAGCGGCGGCAGGCCACGCCGGUGGCGGCGGCGGCGGGGGCGGCGGGGGCGCCGAAUGCGGGCUGGAGGAGCGCUCGAGGCGGGCGAGGCGGGCCACUCGGCGCCAGCAGCACCAGCAGCAACGGCAGCAAGCGCUCCUCUGGCGCUACCCCGCGCCGGGCACCUGCGGCACCAGGUUAGCCCGGGGUAGGCGCUCUUUCUCCCCGUCUUCCUCCUCGUCUCCUUCUCCUUCUCCUCCUUCUUCCUCCUCCCCGGCGGCCGGCGGGCUGGAGCUGCCGCGCGUCCCCAGGCGCCGGAGGCGAGCGCCGGACGAGGGCCCGGGGCCAAGCCAGGGCCGCCAGUCCCCGACCCCGCCGAGCAGGGCGUUCUACUUCCGUGGCCAGGGCGACCAACUGCGCCUGAAGGCGGAGCUGGAGAUACCCCGGGAUGCCUUCACCGUUCAGGUCUGGCUGCGGCCCGAAGGGGGGCAGAAGGCGCCGGCUGUGAUUGCAGGAUUAUAUGACAAAUGUUCUUAUACCACCCUUGACCGUGGAUGGGUUUUGGGAAUCAACAACAUCAGUGACCAGGGCAAUCAAGACCCUCGCUAUUUUUUCUCCUUGAAAACCGACCGGGCCUGGAAGCUCACCACCAUCACAGACCACCGUAGCUACCUUCCAAAUCAAUGGGUUCACCUUGCCAUCACUUACGAUGGACGUCUGAUGAAGUUGUAUGUCAACGGUGCCCAGGUGGCAACCGGCAGAGAACAGGUAGGGAGUAUUUUCAGCCCUUUGACCUCAAAGUGUAAGGUCCUUAUGUUGGGUGGCAAUGCCCUAAACCAAAAUUACCGAGGAUACAUAGAACAUUUUAGUCUUUGGAGAACAGUCCGUUCUCAGAAGGAGAUACUGACAGACAUGACUCUGGUGGCUCCCGAAACAGAUGUUCCUCUACCUCAGCUAGUGUUUCAGGAGACUUUACUGAAUGUGAAAAGCAGCUGGUCUCUCAUGAAAGACAGCCCACGUCUUCCUCUGACUGAGUUCACAUCCCACUCUGACUACCUGCUGGAUACCAGCCUGGAGCCUCCUCUUUGUGGGCAAACCGUUUGCGACAAUGUGGAGGUCAUCGCCAGUUACAACCAGAUCCCAACUUUCCGCCACCAGAAAGUGGUCCGCUACCGGGUGGUGAACAUUUACGACGACCAUCAUCGCAACCCAACCAUCAGCCAGCAACAAAUCGAGUUCCAGCACCAGCAGCUGAACGACGCCUUCGGCCCGUACAACAUCUCGUGGGAAAUGGAGGUGCUGGAGGUCAACAACUCCUCCCUUCGCAACCGCCUCAUCCUGGCCAACUGCGAAAUCAGCAAGAUUGGAGACGAUAGCUGCGAUCCGGAGUGCAACCACACGUUGACCGGGUACGAUGGAGGAGACUGCCGCCACGUGCGUCAGCUUUACUUCAACAAGAAGAAACAGAAUGGCGUUUGUGACAUGGAUUGCAACUCGGACAAGUACAACUUUGAUGGUGGGGAUUGCUGCAACCCAGAUAUAACAGAUGUCACCAAGACCUGCUUUGACCCUGAUUCUCCUAACAGAGCCUACUUAGAUGUCAAGGAACUGAAGAACAGACUCAACCUGAACGGCUCCACCCAUCUCAACAUCUUCUUUGCCAAUUCUUCGGAAGAAGAGUUGGCUGGCAUGGCGACCUUUCCUUGGGACAAGGAAGCCUUAGUGCACUUGGGAGGCAUCGUCCUGAAUCCUUCCUUCUAUGGCAUUGCUGGCCAUACCCAUACCAUGAUCCAUGAAGUUGGACACAGCCUCGGACUCUACCAUGUCUUUAAGGGGGUCUCUGAGAUCUUCUCCUGCAGUGACCCUUGCAUGGAAACAGAACCAUCCUUCGAAACGGGGGAUCUUUGCCCCGAUACCAACCCUACCCCAACUCACAAAGUCUGUGGCGAUCCCCCUGCUAGCAGUAACAUGUGUGGGUUCCAUAACUUCCAGAAUACACCAUUCAACAACUUUAUGAGCUAUGCAGAUGAUGACUGCACCAAUUCCUUCACCCCCAACCAGGUUGCCCGUAUGCACUGCUACCUAGACCUUGUGUAUCAAAGCUGGCAACCAGUUAAGAAGCCGGCCCCCAUUGCCAUCAUGCCUCAGAUCGUGGACCGAACCAAAACCUCUGUUACUCUGGAGUGGUUUCCACCAAUCGACCAGCACUUCUUUGAAAGAGAAGUGGGAUCCUCGUGUGAGCUCUGUGGGGAAGGACAUGUUUUGGUACAAUACGCUUCCAGUGCCUCUUCGCCCAUGCCCUGUGAUCCAUCAGGCCACUGGAGCCCCCGAGGAGCUGAAGGGCACCCAGAUGUGGAACAGCCAUGUAAACCUGAUGUAAGAACAUGGACUCCCAAUUCAGCGGUCAUCAAGCAAACAGUCCCACCAGCUUGCCCUGAACCUCAAGGAUGCUACCUUCAGCUUCAGUUCCAAUCUCCGGUCAUCCCAGAAUCUCUGACCAUCUGGGUGACUUAUGUUUCCCCUGAGUGGGACUCCAAAGAAGCCAUAAACGACAUCAAACUGUUGAUGGUCGGAGGAGAAAACAUCUCACUUGGGCCUCAGAACUUCUUCUGCGACAUCCCCAUGACCAUCAGACUGGAUACGGAGAAGAUGAAGGAGGAGGUCCGAGGCAUACAGAUUUACACCUUGGAUGAACAACUGGAGAUCGACGCUGCUAUGAUCACUUCGGUCCCACAGAGCUCACAGUGUAAAAAAUGCCGGCCCAUCCAGUACAAAGUCUCUCGGGACCCUCCAUUUCCAGAAGGUCCUUCGUUUCUCAUCUUGGACCUCAGUCGGAGAUUUCUGGACACCGAGCUGAAGAACGGCACGACGUACCAUUAUUGGGUUUCUGUUCUUUCUGAGCAAAAAGAAAGCGAACUGUCUCCCACCUUGUCCUACACGCACGGAAAAGGCUACUGCGGUGAUGGGAUUGUCCAGGAGGACCUUGGGGAAGAGUGUGACGACAUGAACAAAGUGAAUCGUGACGGCUGCUCUCUCUUUUGCCACCGGGAGUUAUCGUUCAACUGCGUAGAUGAGCCGAGCCGUUGCUACUUCCACGACGGGGAUGGCGUGUGCGAAGAGUUUGAGCAGACAACCAGCAUCGCGGAUUGUGGGAUCUACACACCCAAAGGGUUCCUGGACCAGUGGGCAUCCAACGUGUCGGUUUCACACUAUAACGAGAAGUGCCCAGCUACGGUGGUAGCAGGUCAGCCAGCAGCAAAUCAAAUGUGCCGGACCAAGGAGUACGAUUUCAACGAUGCUAUGGCCCGAUAUGCGUGGUAUCCCUGCACUGCCAACCACACUCACACAGUUUUCUGGCUAAAGGCUUUCUAUACCCGACCCAUGGUAGCCGCUGCAGUGAUCAUCCAUUUGGUAACAGAUGGGACAUGGCUGGAGAUGGAUCUGGACCAGAAACAAGAGUCCAUUUUUGUGCAGCUGGUGGACACCAAAAACCAAAGUCACGAUCUCGGAGAGCACGGCUUGAGCUGCCGCAAGAACCCUUUGAUUAUCCCGGUUGUCCAUGACCUUAGCCAGCAUUUCUACCACACUCAAGCCAUUCUCAUCACCUUCAGAUCUCAGUAUGUGGCGAUCUCCGGGGUGGCCUUGCGCUCCUUCCAGGAUUUUGACCCCAUCGCUGUCAGCAGCUGUCAGAGUGGACAGACCUAUAGCUCGGCUGAACAGAGCUGCGUCCCCCAUUCUUGCAAGACCCGGGACUGCCAGGAGUUGGAAAUCGAGAACGCCAUGCUGACUUUCACCGACGGGGGGCGCUACAAUGGUGCCCAGUGUAAUGUUACCUGCCAGGCAGGUUACGUCCUCCGGGUUCACAGAACCGACCAUCUGCCCCAGAGACAGUGGGAGCCAAGCACCACCAUGAUAUGCCUCGAUGGGGAAUGGAACCAGCGGGUAUCCUGUGAGCCCAUUGACUGCAGGAUCCCGGACCAGCACCACGUCUACCCUGCUACUUUUAAUUGCAGCGAAGGCACCACCUUGGGCAAGCGGUGCUCUUUUGCCUGCAAGCCCCCUGCUCAGCUGAAAGGAAGCAAUAACAAUUUGACAUGCUUGGAAGACGGCCUGUGGUCCUUCCCGGAGGCUCUUUGUGAGCUGAUGUGCAGGGCACCUCCGGUGAUUCCCAACGCUGAUCUUCAGACUGGCCGCUGCCGGGUCCAAAAACACAAAGUGGGAUCCUUCUGCAAGUAUAAGUGCAGACCAGGCUACCAUGUUCCAGGACCUUCGCAGAAAGCGAGGAAGAGGACAUUUAAGAUUCAGUGUGCCCAAGACGGGACGUGGCUGGAAGGGGCGUGCAUCCCUGUGACCUGUGACCCACCCCCCUCCAAGUUUCACGGGCUCUACCAUUGCACCAACGGUUUCCAGUUCAACAGCGUGUGUCAGAUUAAGUGCAACGAGGAGGACUCUCAACCUGGCCAGGGAAGUAACACGAUUCGUUGUCGCAAGGAUGGCAACUGGAGUGGAUCAUUUCAUCUGUGCCCGGAGAUGCAAGGGCAGUGUUCCGCGCCCAUCCAGUUGAGGGGUGGCCUGAAACUACAAUGUCCUGAUGGCUCUGAAAUAGGAGCUGAAUGCACCAUCUUAUGCCCAGAACAUCAUACGGAGCCCAUCCUGUUAAGUGCCAACGAAACGUUGCAGGACAUCCAACACUGGAUGAAGCCCCCACGAGUGAAGAGAGUUGUCUGCACGGGAGAACUGAAGUGGUAUCCAUACCUUGACUUGAUCUACUGCAUCAAAGGUUGUGAGGUGAGUAAGCCAGUCCAGUUCUCUGGGUUUACCCCUUACUACAGAUCUUGUCUCUCUUUUUGCUCAACUCCUGCAGCUCCAUUGUUCCCCCUUCACCACCAUAAUCUAUGAAUGUGGCCUUGGGGGAGAUCGUUCCACACACUUGCUAUUCUUGGUUUGUUUUUGCCAACGUCAAACAAAACGCUUUUACAGUGAACAAGUCAUGGAGUUGGGACUCUUUUCCUCAACUUUGAUAAGUAGCAACAUCUCGCUUAUCUUUAUUAAUCUCCAAAAGUAAAACAGGUUCAAACUUGGUUUGUCUUUGGACGGGGCAAAUAUCAGUCAACUGAGCUGGGCUGGGCUGUGAGAGAGAGAGAGAGAGAGAGAGAGAGAGAGAGAGAGAGAGAGAGAGAGAGAGAGAGAGAGAGAUUCUCAAAGGUGGCAGUGGUUCCAUAUUGUUCUCAGGGCUCAAGAUCAACUUGACUAAGAGUUUUAUCUUUAACCCAUUUUUAAAAAUUUGCUUAGAAAAUUAAGAUCUACCUGUUUGUAAGAGAAGAAACUGCGAAACAAUGCAUGCCUUUGCUUCAAAAACCAAGAACGAGGUGGCGCAGCAGUUAGAGUGCAGUACUGCAGGCCACUUUAGCUGACUGUGUUCAGCAGGUCAGCGGUUCAAAUCUCACCGGCUCAAGGUUGACUCAGCCUUCCAUCCUUCCG